AUGAGCCCUGGCGCCGUUGCCCAACCUGGCCCAGCUGCUGCAGCCAGCGAGGACCUCAAGACCAAACAAGAGCAGGAGAAGCAGCAUAUUCAUAGCGAUGAACGAGGCCUUAAGGCCCUUAGCCACGGAGACACCUCUAUCCCCGGAAUACCCAGCUUCACAUCCCACGAGCUCAAACGCCAAUGGCAACUAGAGCAUAUGGCAGGCGCAUUCCGCAUCUGGGCUCGACAAGGCUACGUCGAAGGUCUAUCAGGCCACAUCAGCGUCCGCGACCCCGAAUUCACCGACGCAUUCUGGACAAACCCUCUAGCCGUACACUUCGGCCUACUCAAAGCCAGCGACAUGAUACUGCUUCGUCUCGACGGCGAAGUGAUAGGCGGCAACCGAUCACGACCCGCCAACGCAGCUGGGUUCCUGAUCCAUGCAGCGGUGCAUAAAGCCCGGCCGGACGUUCAUGCCAUUUGCCAUGCGCAUACGAUGUACGGCAAGACAUGGUCGUCGUUUGCUAGGCCGCUGGAAAUGCUGAAUCAGGAUGUUUGUAAGUUCUACAAGGCGCAUAGCGUGUACUCUUCGUAUGGAGGGGUGGUGCUAGCGGAAGAAGAAGGGGAUUUGAUUGCAAAGGCGUUGGGGGAUGGUAAGGCUGCUAUACUUAUGAAUCAUGGCUUGUUGAGUGUUGGAGGCACGGUGGAUGAGGCAGCGUAUUUGUUUGGGGUGUUGGAGAGGAGCUGUCAGUCACAGUUGCUGGCUGAGGCGGCGGCUGCUAAUGGGAUUGAGAAGGUGUAUAUUUCGGAUGAGCAGGCUGCGUAUAAUUUUGGUGUGGAGAGUGAUCCGGAAGUGCUUUAUUGUGAGUUCCAGCCGGAUUACGAGUAUGAGGAUGCCAUGUGUGGAGGGGCUUUUAAGAAAUGA